UUACUAUUUAUAGAGGUGAUUUCUGGUCACCUUAUAGCGAAACUAUUAUCCUUGUGCAAAAAAGAAGGUAUUUGCAGAACAAACCAGUCUUUUAAUUUACAGGAUAUGCAGUUUCAAGUGUUCUUUGAAUAGAGAGAAGGGAGAGAGGAACAAUUGAUUUUCACAAUCUCAAAGAAAAGGGAUAGUCAGUAUGAGUGAAAAACCGGAUGAAACAACAAGAGGAGCUGAGGAGGUAGAUGCACAAGGUGGGGGUAGCCAAAUGGACUCCAAACAUACCAAAGAAGGUUAUGACCAAGCUGAAACUUCUCAUGGCGAAGAUGAUCAGAUACUGCCACCAAAAGAUGCAAAAGGGAUAGUCAGUAUGAGUGAAAAACCGGAUGAAACAACAAGAGGAGCUGAGGAGGUAGAUACACAAGGUGGGGGUAGCCAAAUGGACUCCAAACAUACCAAAGAAGGUUAUGACCAAGCUGAAACUUCUCAUGGCGAAGUUGAUCAGAUACUACCACCAAAAGAUGCAAAAGGGAUAGUCAGUAUGAGUGAAAAACCGGAUGAAACAACAAGAGGAGCUGAGGAGGUAGAUGCACAAGGUGGGGGUAGCCAUAUGGACUCCAAACAUACCAAAGAAGGUUAUGACCAAGUUGAAACUUCUCAUGGCGAAGAUGAUCAGAUACUGCCACCAAAAGAUGCAAUAACGCCUACACUAACAGCCUUUGAAGAUAUAAAAGAUGAAGAAUUUGAUUCAACAACAUAUAUGAAAUGUGGAAACGUUGGGAAAGCAGUAAUUGUUAGCAACUUUAUGGAUGGCUAUACCCCGAUAAGAGGAUUAAACGUGAGGUCUUAUGCCAAAAAUGAUUGUGAUUUGCUAGAAAAAACACUUAAACACCUUGGAUUUCAACCAUUUGACGACAAAGAGAACAGAAUGGUGUACAAAAACCUAACAAAAACAGAGUUUGAAGCACUGUACAAUAGAGUUGCAAAGGAGACCGACUACAGACCUAAAGGAAAAGAGGGAUAUACAUGUGUACUAUUUAUUGUCAUGUCAUAUGGGAGAUCAGGAUUGAUACAGUGUCAUGCAGAACCAGGAGAAUAUGGGGACCCUCCAUUUGUAGAACAAAAACACAUACAGGAAGCCUUCCAACCACAGAAUAACCCUUCACUGGCUUUGAAGCCAAAAUUAUUUAUUAUCCAGACUAUUCCUAAAGGAACAGACAUUAAUGAUGGAAAUGAACCAAGUGACGUAGAAAAAAAAGAAACCAAAAGAAUACCAAGAGAAGCAGAUUUUUUGACAUACACAAGUGAUGUAUAUUGUAUAAAUAGUGAUCAUGGCAAUUGCUUCAUCAAAGCUAUUGUGGAUGUUUUAAAGGAUCAAAAGGAGUCUGCCAUGGAGAUUCAGAGAGUUCUGAUAAGAAUGAACAAAAAGUACAAAGACUACAGUAAUUCAGAGAAGAAAAUACCUUGUGUAACGUCUUCUCUUACAAAGCAGCUGUUCCUUGUGUAAAUUCAACAUCUUGUGAAUAAGUGAACUAUUGUUACAAAAAACAAUAUAUAGUUCCAAAAACACAUUAUUUGAUUCUUAACAGUACUAGUACAAUAAAGGUUUAAUUGUGAAGUACAGAAAAAAGAUUUAAAAUACGUUGACAAAUGUCUCCAAAAUUUCAACAGUAAGUUCCUGAAUUUCAUUGAAUGACGUUCUGAUAGAUCUUAUCAUUACUGAAAAAUGUCCAAAAAGGGAUGUAAAAUAAAGUUUUUAUUUCGGUUACAUAUACAACAUUUAUUUCAAACUAGAUGCCUAUUUUAACAAAAACCUUUAUUAUGUCAAUAGAAUUAAUAAAGAUAGAAUGCAACUAGGAUUACAUACAACUCAAUUACAGAAUAUAUCAAAAGCACAAAACAAACAUUUUUAAAGGAUCUUCUGUAUUCUCUGAUCCUAGCUUAAUAAGUUUCAAGCACAAGCAGAAAUGUUUAUCAAUCAUAAGGAGCCAAUGCAUUAUAAAUUGUUUUUUUUAGUUUUGGUAAUUUGGAUAUAAGUUUUAGUAUAUUAUAAACCAAGUAUGAGAAUUUGAGUCAAAUCGAUGAACAUGAACUGGAUAGCUAUGGACCCUUAUAUGUCUCAUAUAUAAAUGUAGAUACUUUGAAAAGUUUGUUUAUUCACUUCAUAUUUUCUUAUAUGUUGAUAUUACAUGUUUGAAACCUUUUAUUUUGUUUUAUUUUAUAACAUGCUGUUGUUUAAUUAAAACUAAUUUGAUGGGUU